GCCGCGUGCUGCCCAAUGUCUUCGGCGGUCUCGUGGUGUCGGCCAGGAGUCGUCAGUGGACCUCCAUCGAGGACGCACUUCGCCGCGCCGCGAGACUCGUAGCAGUAUGGCCGCCACACUCGCGCUCGCACUCGCCGUGCUGCUCGGCGCAGCGUCCGCGGCGCCGAACGAGAUUGUCACCCUGCGCGCCCUGGAUCCGGCACUCGCGCCUCCAGCAGCCCCUGCACCGGACGCCACGCGUCGCGCAGUUCGCGCCACCACCGCUGACGCGUGGUUCAACCUCAUAUCCGAAUACAUAGGUGGGGGAGAAGCGACAACUGCGGAAGGAGAUGCGACGAGCUGGUUCCCACGCCCUGUACCCGUCGUGUUGCCGCUCGGUGCUGGCUCUGACCAGAAGCCGUUAUCCAUGCCGGUACUACUGGUGCCAGUGCCGGUCCCCGUCUCCGCUCCACGCGCUCCCGCAGAAUGCUCGUCGCAGACACGCGCAAGUGCGGUUCCUGAGACGACUAAGCCGAGCGGUCGAUGGCAGCUGAAAUCUCGGCAGCGUGUCCGCCCCGCCCCGCAGCGGGAGCACUACCAGCUAAGAAAAGACGUCGUGCUGCCAGCCGCUCUUACCUCUGCACCCAAUUCCGCACCUGCCACUGCCCCGAUUCCCGUCUCAAUGGACAUCUCUACCGUCCUCAGACCCACUGCACCGCAAAACAACGGCGUCCGAAAGCCGUCAAACCAACUGCUUCUCGUCCCCGCUGGGUCGCCGCAAUGGCUUGUGGAGCUGUUCCGCGUACAACUCCCGACUGACCCGCACCUGCCACCGAUGGUGAUCUCGCACGAUGAGAACGAGGAAGAGGAUAAAGUCCGACGUCCUACCCCACCGGCCGGCUCGGCACCCACCCGACCUCUACGCAGCGACCAAGGAGCCAAGACGACCACCCUCGCCGAGCCUCCACGGCCGCGGUUCGAUCGGUCGCUCAUGCUCCGCGGCGAACUGACCGUGCCGCGCGCCGGCUACACGGAAUCUUACAUCGCGUGGUGGGACUCGCAGAGCGGUGCCGCUCGUGUGGACUACUUCGACGGCGGCACCUCCACGUACCGGCUGGUGGGUGCGGACGGCAGCAUGCGCGGCGUGCGUGUGAGCAUGGACCGCACGGGCGAGCGGCACGUGGUUCGCUGCGCCGUGACCGCGCCGCGCCGCGCCUCGCUCAUGGACCGCGCGCCGCCCGCGCUGCCGCACCUGGGGCUCUUCUCCUUCGCCGGGUACGUGGAGACGGCCGGCGGGCGCGUGGAGCGCUGGCGGCACACGGUGGCGGGGCGCGGCGGCGAGCUCGGCGGAGUGCGGGGGGAGGCGCUCACCUUCCGACACGAGCUCGAGCUGCAGCGAGCCGCUGACAACGAUACCGCGCUGCCUCUCAAGUACACCGUGUCAGUGGACAGCUCCGUGCUAGGCGCCGACUGCGAGGGGUACGAGCAUCGCUACACGGAGGUGCGGCUCGGCGAGCACGAGCCCGCGCUCCUGCGCCUCGACACAGAGGAGGUGUGCGAGGAGACCGAGCUGACCGAGCAGUGGGAGCUGGUGGAGCCGCUGCGGGAGUUCACCCUGGAGUACCGCGACCCCAGAUACAACGGCCUGUUUGACAGUUUCCAGGAGCAGUACGACCGCGCCUACGCGGGCGAUACCGAGCAAGCGGUGCGCAAGGCACUGCUCAUUCAGCACUUGCGCUUCAUAGACGCCGGUAACCGCAUGGGCAGUACCGCGCUUCUGGGUAACAACUUCCUCGGCGACCGACUUGACACGGAGUUAGAGAGUCUAUACGGCGUCGACACCACCGGAGUGACGGACGAGCUGGCGAACGGUGCCACGGGCAAUGUGCGAACGCGUCGCGACACCGAGCUACUGCCACAGGAAUUCGACUGGCGCAAGAAAGGCGGCGUCACCGAAGUGCGCUUCCAAGGCACGACGUGCGCCUCAUGCUGGGCGUUCGCCGUGACGGGCGCCGUGGAGGGCGCGCUCUUCGUGCGCACGGGACGUCUGACGCGGCUCAGCGAGCAACAGCUGGUGGACUGCGCCGGCCGGUUCGGCGGGCGCGGAUGUAACGGCACCUGGCCGAGGGCCGCUUAUGACUACAUACAGCAGCGUGGUUUAAAUGAACAUAAGAGCUAUGUUCCAUACGUAGCGCGACAAACCGCGUCGUGCCUGGACGGCGCGUACUCACCAGCGACGUACAUCAGCGGGCACGUGAACGUGACGCAGUUCAGCGUGCGUGCGCUGAAGGCGGCCGUGCGCCAACACGCGCCCGCCGUCGUCAUCGUCGACGGGAAGGCCAAGAGCUUCAUCUUCUACAAGGACGGCGUGCUGGAGGACAACCGCUGCGGUAAGCGGCUCCGGAAGCUGAACCACGCGGUGCUGGCAGUGGGCUGGGGGGAGAAGAACGGCGCGCCCUAUUUCAUACUGAAGAACUCGUGGUCAGAGCGCUGGGGCGAAGAGGGAUACGUCAAAGUGGCCGCCGAGUCUAACACUUGCGGAGUCCUCACAGCCCCCUCGUACCCCAUUCUGGACCGAGAGAACGUGGUUCAACGAGAACCGGCAGGCGCACGCGCUGCCUAGCACGGUCGAUAGAGAUUGUUUAUAAUGUUACUGUGAAAGCUCGAAAUAUGGCCGAUUCAGAUCUAAGCUUUUGAGCUAUUCACAUUUUGAGCUUCUGCCACCAUCCACUCUCUAAAUAUUGUUUUACUUUAAGGUUGUGGUUAAUGUCAACAGCAAUUAACCCACAUUAUGUAUGUUGUCAGAACUAUCGGGAGGUUCGUUGGACUAAGUUGGAACUGGAAAUACUGAUAUGCGAAGUGAGCCGAAGGGGUCGGCGAGUGCCAAAAAUAAAUAAUAUUUAAAUGAACACUUAUUUGCAUUUGCCUUUAUGUACACAAUGAGGUUACAAUAGUUUUAGUUGUCGAAAAAGUUCUUCGAUGCACCAUAAGAGCUUGACUAAGUAUCUAUUAAAAUAAAUUAUUGGGAAAUAAA